AGUGGGGGUGGGGAGGGAGAUUGAGCGGGUACGGAGGGGGGAGGGGAGAGGCCUUGGUGGCCAGAGGAAUUGUUGCCAGGCUCUCCUUUGAGGUAGGAGAUCUGCUACUUUGUCCCCUAGCACGCCUUAAACUGGCACACCCCGUGCUUCCUCCCUUCCAUAAAUAAAUAUUGUCUCCAAUCCUUAUCUUCGCUCUGCGCUGGGAUCGAGCCCGCCUGAGAGGGUACACCCAUGUACCCCAGAAACCCUCCGCUCCCCUAUCAAAGUUCUUACUGUGCGAAGGACCCAUUCCCCUGGCCGUGUAAACCACUGCCCGGUGGCUGGGCGGUUCAGCAGCCCCUCCCCUGGAGAGGAGUGCCCCCCACCCCCUGCUGUUCUGAUGUGCGGUCUUCUAGAAGUGCCAGCCUAGACCUUCAGGGGUGAGAACUGACUAUUUCCCAUUUGGGUACCGGCACUUGAGUCUCAAACAGGCCAUCCCGCUGGGACCUGAAUGUGACUAAUGACGGGAGUAAUUGAUGUGUGAGAGCUUUUCAACUCAUGUUUUUGUUUUUUUGGCAAAAAUCAUGGACUUUUUUUCUUUUUUUUUAAAUCCUGCUCUAGCUAGGUAUAAAUGCCUAGAUUCAUGAUUCUUGCUUUAAUAAAACCCCCCAAAAAAAAAAAAUCCAACCCACCAGAAUAGGUUCUUGAAGAGAGGGGAGAGCCUUGGUGAGAGGCUUGGGAGAGGAUUGGCCUCUCUAGUCCCUUUUUAUCCUAAGACCUUCCUUUGCUGUCCUGGGAGUGUUCAAUGUUUAUCAAAUCCCAUUUCUGCCUGUUCUAGCUGAGGUGGCAUUUUUCACCUUCCUUUACAGCCAGUGCCCACAAAGGGCUUGCCAGAUCUGAGAAGUGCUGAGUGAUGGAAACAUUGCUCUGAACAGUGAUCCUUCCUGCAGGAUGCGUUAAGAGAAGAGGGACCCUUACUCGUUAGGCAUGGAGAGCGGUUUGUCAGUUUCCAACAUGCCAGACCCACUGUCUUCGCCCUUGGAGAGACAGCAGAGCUCAGCGAACGGUAAUGGAGGGCUCGACUCAGAAGAAGGUUCAAGCCUGGAGGAAAUUGGCUUUAACUGGGGAGAGUAUCUGGAAGAAACGGGAGCCAGUGCGGCUCCUCACACGUCGUUCAAACAUGUGGAGAUCAGCCUUCAGAGCAACUUCCAGCCGGGGAUGAAAUUAGAAGUGGCCAAUAAGAACAACCCGGACACGUACUGGGUGGCCACCGUCAUCACCACCUGCGGCCAGCUGCUACUUCUGCGCUACUGCGGCUACGGCGAGGACCGCCGGGCCGACUUCUGGUGUGAUGUGGUGAUAGCGGACCUCCACCCGGUGGGGUGGUGCACGCAGAAUAACAAGGCCUUGAUGCCCCCGGAUGCAAUCAAAGAGAAGUACACAGACUGGACAGAAUUCCUCAUUCGUGAUUUGACUGGUUCCCGGACGGCCCCCGCCAGCCUCCUGGAAGGUCCUCUGCGAGGGAAAGGCCCUAUAGACCUCAUUACAGUUGAUUCCUUAAUAGAACUUCAGGACUCUCACAACCCUUUUCAGUACUGGAUAGUUAGUGUGAUUGAAAAUGUUGGAGGAAGAUUACGCCUUCGCUAUGUGGGAUUGGAGGACACUGAAUCCUAUGACCAGUGGUUGUUUUACUUGGAUUACAGACUUCGACCAGUUGGUUGGUGUCAAGAGAAUAAGUACAGAAUGGACCCACCUUCAGAAAUCUAUCCUUUGAAGAUGGCCUCUGAGUGGAAGUGUUCUCUGGAAAAAUCCCUUAUUGACGCCACAAAGUUUCCUCUGCCGAUGGAAGUGUUUAAGGAUCAUGCAGAUCUGAGAAGCCAUUUCUUCACGGUCGGGAUGAAGCUAGAAACAGUGAAUUUGAGCGAGCCCUUCCAUAUCUGUCCCGCAUCAGUGACCAAGGUUUUUAACAACCAUUUUUUCCAAGUGACUAUUGACGACCUAAGACCAGAACCUAGUAAACUGUCAAUGCUGUGCCAUGCGGAUUCUUUGGGGAUUUUACCAGUACAAUGGUGCCUUAAAAAUGGAGUCAAUCUCACACCUCCCAAAGGUUACUCUGGCCAGGACUUCGACUGGGCAGAUUAUCACAAGCAGCAUGGGACCGAGGAAGCGCCUCCCUUCGGCUUCAGGAAUACGUCAUUCAGUAGGGGUUUCACAAAGAACAUGAAACUGGAAGCCGUCAACCCCAGGAACCCGGGAGAGCUCUGCGUGGCCUCUGUGGUCAGCGUGAAGGGGCGGCUGAUGUGGCUUCAUCUGGAAGGCCUACAGACUCCUGCUCCGGAGUUUAUUGUUGAUGUAGAAUCCAUGGACAUCUUCCCAGUGGGCUGGUGUGAGGCGAAUUCGUACCCUUUGACCACACCGCACAAAACAGUCUCACAAAAAAAGAGAAAGAUCGCAGUCGUGCAACCGGAAAAACAAUUGCCAUCCACAGUGCCUGUUGAGAAAAUACCUCAUGACCUUUGUUUAUUCUCUUCCUUGGACACCACAGGCACUGUUAACGGGAAAUACUGCUGUCCUCAGCUUUUUAUCAACCACAGGUGUUUCUCGGGCCCUUACCUGAACAAAGGAAGAAUCGCAGAGCUACCUCAGUCCGUGGGACCCGGCAAAUGCGUGCUGGUUCUGAAAGAGGUUCUCAGCAUGAUAAUCAAUGCAGCUUACAAGCCCGGAAGGGUAUUGCGAGAACUACAGCUGGUGGAAGAUCCACACUGGAAUUUCCAGGAGGAGACACUGAAGGCAAAAUACAGAGGCAAAACCUACAGGGCCGUGGCCAAGAUCGUGCGGACGUCCGACCAAGUAGCGGAUUUCUGCCGGCGGGUCUGUGCCAAGCUGGAGUGCUGCCCGAAUUUGUUCAGUCCCGUGCUGGUUUCCGAAAACUGCCCAGAGAACUGCUCCAUUCACACCAAAACCAAGUACACCUAUUAUUACGGAAAGAGGAAGAAGAUCGUGAAACCCCCCAUUGGGGAAGCCAGCGUCGAGAGCGGACCCCCGAAGCCAGCCAGACGCAGGAAACGGCGAAAAUCCAUCUUCGUGCAGAAGAAGCGCAGGUCUUCUGCCGUGGACUUUGCCGCCGGCUCGGGGGAGGAGAGCGAGGAGGAGGACGCGGACGCCAUGGACGAGGACACGGGGAGCGAAGAAACCGGCUCCGAGCUCCGCGAUGACCAGACAGACACCUCUUCCGCCGACGUCCCCUCCACGCGGCCCCGGAGGGCCGUCACCCUGAGGAGCAGCUCGGAGCCCGAGCGCCGGCCGCCCGUGGAGAGGCCGCGAAGGGGCCGGAGGGCGCAGGCCGCCUCCUGUGCCGAGGGCGGGGAGCAGGGCGCGGCCGGCGGCCAGGACCCCGCAGAGGAAACAAAGCAAGAGGAGGAGGAGAGGCUGGUUCUGGAGAGCAACCCUCUGGAGUGGACGGUGACCGACGUGGUGAGGUUCAUCAAGCUGACGGACUGCGCCCCCCUGGCCAAGAUCUUUCAGGAACAGGACAUCGACGGUCAAGCGCUCCUGUUGCUGACUCUUCCCACGGUGCAAGAAUGCAUGGAGUUGAAGCUGGGGCCCGCCAUCAAGCUGUGCCACCAGAUCGAGAGGGUUAAAGUGGCCUUCUACGCCCAGUACGCCAACUGACACUGCCCUCUUGGGAGGUGACCCGUUCUCUUGGGAUGCGGCGUCCUGGGAAGGUUUCGAGACUGAAGCGUUACUUUGCUGGGCGACGCGCGAUGGUGCGUAUACGAGACAGGGCCGCAAAGCAAGGAGCGUGGCGGACCUCUUCACCCCCCAGCCUGUUUGACGUUUCCGCGAUUUCAGGCCCGCCCGCUACCACAGCGGUGGCUUCUGGACAGUGUCAGGCGCUGGAGGGCACCGAAGAGCUUCUUUGUACGUCCGCGUCUCCCAUUUCUCCCGCCCGAGUCCAGGCAGCUCCCUGCAGACGCAUUUCCUAAACCACGGCCCCCCGCUUUGCUUUGAAAACCAAGGCGCAGCUGAUGUCUUUUUUGGAUGUGCCCGAGGAGGGCGCCUGGCUGGGAGGUUUUCUGCAGUCAUUACGGAUGCUUCUUCCACGGCAACGCACACGUGGCUUUCGCGGCAUGAAUGUCCCCGCGGUCUGAUCUUGGUGGCGGCUCAGUUCUCAGACGCACUUGCAGGCGAUGUUUCAGGAUGUGGUUACAGGAGGAUGGGCUAGACCGUACUCGCCAGGCAGAGGUGCCUUUUCGGAAGGAGAGGCGAUGAAGUGGUUCUCCCUGAGCGACGGACAUCUGGAGCCUGUAGAGGGUUCCGUUUGCAGCCUUUUGUAGAACUUCACACACUGCUAACGUUCUGAUUUAAUUGCGACCACAUCGGGGAGUGACUCCUUUAGUCUGUUGGGAAAUGCUGAGCUGUGGACUGAAGGCAGAGCUUAAUGGCAGGAACGGGAAGAGGCUUCGGGAGGCUUUGAAUAAACCAUCCCCUCAGAAGGAUCCUGUCCUGAAUCCCUUGAUGAGACUGGCUUCGAGCGCCUCUCCGAUGCGCCCGGCCCUGGGACGUCCCAGGAGGCGGGCGUUCCCCACAGGAAGCCGGCAGUGACCCGGCCCAGCCCCGCUCUUCUUCCGCUGGCACGGCUGGCCACCAACUGCGAUCUUGGGUGACCGGAUCACCCUGGGACCCCUUGUCCCCAUCCUGCUCCUGCUGAGAGUCCCGAUCUGCCAGCACGAGACACACAGUAGGUGAAAAAGAAGCGUGGUCUCCACAACGUGGAGUGCUCCCUGCAGCCCGCCCUGGCUGGGAGGCUGCUGAUUUCUGGGGCAGUUUCCGUUAAAUCGGUUCAGUCCCUGGGAAGAGAGAUCUCUGGCUCUGAGAAUUGGCUGGGUUUUGGUGACCAGCACCCACUCUGUGUGUGUGCCCGUGAGGGACCCAGUAUGGUCACUCAAACCCAAAUGGACUGCUCCCCCCUGCCCUCCCCCCCCCACCCCCACACGCUGCAGUAGGUGUCCAGAUGCCUUUCGGAACGUGCGCGAGGAAAACUAAACCUUUAGACGUGUCCGGAGGCCGACACCGAGAGCAGAGGCUGCCCGCCCUUCGGUUACUCCUUUUUACCGUCCACCCUCCAUCUUUUCUCCUUGAUGAGAGUCUCAGCAGCGGGGGUGACCCCAUGCGGUGGGCUUCUCAGCCGUCAUGUGUCGGCUACGUUUUUAAGGCAUGAUUCUCUGUCGGAUUUCGCAGAGUGUGGUGACUGACGCCGACCUUUGUUAUGAACAUUCUGUCCUGGCUACCAAUGCAGAUGGGAAACAUAUUUUGCAGGUGACUCUUUACUGUCUCCCCGUAGCUGAUUUUUGCCACCAAGUUUUAAACAUUUGGCAAGUGGCUCUUCCCGGGGCCCCGGGACAGAAGGGCCCCCCGCGUCCCAACCCGGUGCCGCUGGCCGUGUUGUCAGGACAGAAGCGUCCGCGCUGACCGGCGCUCGGCCUGCAGCCAGGCUUCUCUCUCCUGAGCUGAAGUGUCCCCCCCCCUCCUCGGUCCCCCAUCCCUGCCUUCUCAGCCACAUGCUUGCGGCCUUAACCGUGGCUCAGCCUGGGGCGCCCGCUGGAAAGGGUGUCCGUUGCGAGGUGUUUGGCGUUUUCGCCGCGCUGACUCGCUUAGGACCCUUCGCCGUGGCCUUUUCAAGCCAAGCUGCUCCCAUUGCGCUUGGAAUCACGAAGGCAUGUAGUGGCUGCAACGCGUCUUUGUACUUUAGGGACGAAUGUGACCUUCUCGUGCCCUUUCAAGUAAGGGCAACAUGGGAACAAGCAGCUCCUUCCGGGCGUCUCUGGAGCCCCCCCUCCCCCCCCGCCAGAGCUGGAAGGUCCUUCCGCUGUGGCCCGGGCAGGUCAUGGCCAUCACUGCUGGGUGGGCCUCCUGCUCCCCGAGGGGCCAGAUGCCCAACACGCUCCUCGUCCUCAGUCUCUGUGCGGCGACCAGUCGCUUCACCCACCAUGGUUUUGCGAGUGAGCCGUAAGGACGACAGGGCUGGGGCCAGAGGCAGAAGACCCAGCCCUGGGGGAACCUUCACGAAGGUCGUGUCCGGGCUGCCCGCUGGCCCGUCGAGAGCCGGAAACAUUUUAGGACCAAGAAGAUGCUUUUGCCGGAGUGUUGCCCACGUGCUCCUGAGCUUGGCUGCUCUGGGGAUUGCCAGUGGCGGGCGUGGCCCACAUCAGUAGCGGUUUGGUUCCGGAAUGCUAAGGCGUCCGUUUCUCCGUAGGAUUUACCCACACCAGCUUCCGCCUCAUACCUCGGGCCAAUUUGCGAGGAACAUUUUAUACCGUGUCGUUACUGUGCCUCUUACGGCAGGAAAUGCUGAUUUUACACCUCUUCCCCACGUGCCGCCACAGCCC